AUGUCUGGUGGAAGUUAUAAAGCCACAGAAAACAAUGAUAUAACUCCCGGCAGUCCCUCGGACAUUUCCCAGCUACAUUCAGUGACUUUUGGAGACGAAAGCUUCGCACCUAUUAGCACUACUAAUACAAAGAGUAACGGAAAAUUCAAUAUCAAUUCCAAUUCUAUAAAACAAACCGGUUCUAGUGACAACUCACUUGAUUUGGACCAUAGUGUCAACAUAUUUGCCCCAACUCUGGAACACCGUCAGGUUUUUAGCCGCUUUCCUGACUUAAACAGACAGAACUCGGUAAUUUUGGCUCUGUCUGGAAAGAAAGUUCAUCGCACUUUGUCGUUAUCGUCAGAUACUUUUCGAGCUGAAAUUGAUAACCAAAGAAAUGAAACAGAUGCACUUUUGGGUAACAGAAAUAACAGUCUAGCUGAGGAUGAAGGAAGAACAGCUUCCUUAUAUAGAACAUUGGUUCUACCCUUUGCUGCAUAUUACUAUGACAAUACUUGUAGAAGCGUGCUCAAAUGCGCAAUCGCCUACUUGAUAGCGUCGUUGGGAGUCUACUGGACUCCGUUUGAUAAUUUGCUUGGAACAACUGACUCCAAGCACGUUGUGGCCACCGUAGCCACCUAUUUCCAUCCUCUGCGAUCCAAGGGAUCUAUGACUCAGUCUUUGGUGUAUGUCAUAAUAUCUUUGGCUUUCACCUUCGUAGUAUCUUUUGGCUGUAGAGCUGUUUCUGCCGAGUUCUAUAAUCGAGGCGAAAAUGAAUUGGGCCAUGCUAUCGACCUUGUAGUGAGCUCGGUAGCGUUGGGCAUCAUAGCUUUUCUGAAACAGAUGGUGAACAAGCCUACGUUCAACACAGCAUGCUCUCUAGCUUCGAUUUCAAUUGUCGCCUGUAUUGUCAAGGAGGGGAGUCUCAACUCAGACAAUAUUCCCAUAGAGCGAUUGCAGGCGACCUUCCAGGUUGUUGUCGUAGGCUGCAUCAUUUCAGUAGCAGUGUGCUACUUACUUUGGCCAGUAAGCUCCAUCAAAAAACUCCGCAAAUCGUUGAACGACUCAUACAAUAUCAUGUCGUCUGGUUUAUCUGUAGUAGCCAAACGAUUCUUGACCGGGGAGAAGUUAACUACCAGGGAUAGCGAGAUCUUCAAUAAGUUAAAGCUGAAUAUUUCUGAGUUGCUCAGCAAUUUGGAAGAAGCAAAAUUUGAAUUACGACUCUAUGGCAGAGAAGAAGAAUGGAAACUCUUUGAGCAGUUGGUUAACUCUACCAUUUCUUUGGGUCGUCAAUUGCAAGCUUUGAGGUCUUCAGCCGAGAUGCAAUGGAGUUUAUUGCAUUCAGAGGAGGAGGGUUCUGAAGAAACAUCGACUCGUCCUGAAUCCAUAAAGAGUAUGGAUAGUUACACCAGUGACAUCCUCAGAUUGACCUAUUCAGUGGAAAACAUGACUACCAUUCUAGAUGAACACUUUCAUACCGCCCAUAAUUCGACUCAGUUAUUUAACUUGUUUGUAUCGUAUUUGUCACCUUCGAUUAGAUCUUUCAUAUUCACGAUCAAAGGUGUUAUGAGUGAAGUUCCAUUUGAAAAGUUCAGCGAGAUUUAUCCCAACAAGUUUGCGAAAACUACAAACUUGCAACACUCCCUUAAUGAUGCCAUCUACUUAUUUGAAAACAAGCAAGCAGAAUCGAUUGAAAAAUUGUAUGACCAAGACAUUUUCAAGCGGGAGGCAGACUUCUUGUUCAAAGCGGACAAAGAGGAGGUUGCGGCUUGUUGUGGUAAUUUCUCGUCUCUUUUGAACUUAUUCGCCAAUGAAUUGUUGGAGUUUAUCAAAUUGUCAGAAAAGUACGAAGAUGCUAGAGAAGCUCCUUUGGCAUGGCCAUGGCUUCACGUAUGGGAAUGGAAAUGGAACGACAGAAAGGACGGCAUUUAUCGCCAGAAUAGUACGCUUAAUGCUGCAUUGUUGGAUUUGCGAGCCCAGCUUGGAACCCAGGCAAAACCCAAAGAUAGUGAGACAGGAUUCCAAAAGUGGUCGUACAAGGUGUGGAUGUUUUUCAAAUUCUUGCGUAGAACAGAUAUUCAAUUUGGUAUCCGAGUGGGUUUAGGAGCCUUCGUUAUUUCGCUAUUUGCAUUUUUGCCGCAGACAAAGGAAACGUUCAAUAUGUGGAGGGGAGAAUGGGCAUUAGCCAUAUACUGUAUUAUGAUGAACAAGUCUUUAGGUGGUACAACCAUGACAGUUAAAUGGAGAAUACUAGGGACAUUCAUGGGUGCUUUUGGGGCCUACGUGGUUUGGAUGUUGACGGAUGGAAAUGUAUAUAUUCUUUGUUUAUCAGGAUUUUUGAUUGCCAUCCCGUCGUUUUAUAUUAUUAUAUUUUGGGCAAAGAACAAUGCCUUUGGAAGGUUCAUACUUUUGGCAUACAACUUGACAGCAUUGUAUUCAUACAGUAUGCGAAGUCAGCUUGACAAUGAGGAUGGAAACGAAGGUGGAGAGGAUCCUAUAGUAGACGAAAUUGCAUUUCAUCGUUUUGUUGCUGUAUCCAUUGGUAUAGUGUGGGCACUUAUAAUGGCAUCUUGUGUACUUCCUUCGUCUGCCAGAUCUAGACUCAAGAAUGGUUUGACUGUACUCUGGCUUCGACUUGGACUUAUUUGGAAUAGUGAUCCGCUUGAGUAUGAUCCGAAGUCGAUGAGACUCGUGGGUCUCAAAGAUGAAAGUGGUAUGAAUAGAUUGCUUUCUGAAUGCGAGACGUUGUUGAAACAGGCUCCUAUCGAGUUCCGGUUAAAGGGUACGUUUCCAACUAAGACUUAUGCAAGCUUACUACAGCACACUUCUGCUAUUAUCGAUAGCUUCGAGAAUAUCAACUUGAUGAUCAAGGUGGAUCCUGUGUUGAAUGCCAACGAGGAGUUUGUAUUAAAGUACAUCGAGGCUGAGAGAAAUGAAGUGGGCCACCGAAUUUUCUUGAUCUUCUACAUGAUCGCCAGCUCGAUGAAAUUGGGGUUCCCUUUGCCCAGCAAGCCAGCAUCUAUCGAACACGCUAAGGAUAGACUAUUGUACAAGCUUAGUGAAGUCAGAAACCAGGCACUCCAGAAGCCAGAGUUGCAACUUACCAACAACGACUUCAUUUUGUUGUAUUCGUACAUUUUGGUGGCCUCGUCUAUCACUGAGCAGUUAGACAAUAUCAUGGAACACGUCAAACAGCUCUUGGGAAACGUGUCUGAGGAUAUAUUCCUGUUGGUAUAA